UAUUUCAAAUGUCCGAUCUUUACAUCAUGGAACAAAGACGACGCCAGUCAUGCAGAGAGCGGACAAAGUGGGUUGCCUAUAUCGUGGUGUUGUUUAUGUUUUGCACCAGAGCUUCAGGACAAUACCGUUAUUCAAUCUCCGAGGAAGUGAAAGAAGGAACAGUUGUUGGUAAUAUUGCUAAGGAUUUAGGUCUUGAUAAGACCACACUGAAAGAGAGAGGGUACCGUAUUGUCUAUGGCACGACAGAGCCUCCUUUUCGAGUAAAUCGAGACGACGGGAUAUUGUAUGUGAAGCGAACAAUUGACAGAGAAGAAGUGUGCGACCGAAGCAAGGUUUGUGUAAUUGACUUAAAGACCGUGUUGGAAAACCCUCUGGAGGUCCACUAUGUAGCAGUGGAAAUCCUGGAUGUAAACGACCACGAACCAAGUUUCCCCGAAAAUGAAAAGAUAUUAGAGAUAUCUGAAUCUGCACUGCCAGGAGCAAGAUUUCAGUUGCAAGCUGCGCGUGAUGCUGAUAGUGGUUCAUUAUCCGUUCAGCAGUAUACCUUGAGUCAUAAUGAACAUUUUCGUUUGGAGGUGAAAGAUCGUGGUGAAGAUCGCAAAACUCCUAGUUUAAUUCUUCAAAAGCCACUUGAUCGAGAAUCUGUUAAGUCCCAUGUGUUACUCCUGACAGCCAUUGAUGGAGGUAAACCUCCACGAUCCGGUAACAUGACAAUAAUUGUUGAUGUCUUUGAUGUGAAUGAUAAUCCCCCAGUUUUCACUCAGGAUUCUUACACCGUGCAGCUAAAAGAAAAUUCUCCUGUUGGUACAACAGUUAUUCAAGUUAAUGCAACAGAUUUGGAUGACGGUUCAAAUGGUGAAGUCGUUUAUUCAUUUGGCAAUGAUGUGGAUGCACGGGCACGUGCACGUUUUGAUUUAAAUUCGGUGACUGGAGUACUUACUGUGGCAGGGUCGAUAGAUUUUGAAGAAUGUAGCAGAUACGAAAUUGACAUCCAGGCAUCCGACAAAGCUGCAGCUACACUUGCUACAGAGAAAAGCGUCAUUGUUCAUAUUGUUGAUGUAAACGACAACGCACCGGAGAUUGAAGUGACAUCUUUUUCACAUGCUCUUCCGGAAGAUUCAAAACCAGGAAUCACAGUGGCCUUGAUUAGUGUUAAAGAUUCGGACUCUGGUCUGAAUGGGCAAGUUAUGUGUUACAUAAACCGAGAGCUUCCAUUUACAAUCACGCCAUCUUUACAAAACAACAUGUAUUCUCUGGUAACCAAAUUGCGUUUGGAUAGAGAGCAGCAAUCGCAAUAUGUUGUAACAAUUGUUGCUAAAGAUGCAGGUGAACCAUCCUUAACAUCAGACAAAACAAUAAACAUUGUUGUGUCAGAUGUGAAUGAUAACAGGCCAGUGUUUUCACAGAACCCAUACACGUUUUACUUAACUGAGAACAACAACCCGGGAGCAUCUAUUUUAUCAGUGACAGCCCGCGAUCAUGACGAAGGUAGUAAUGCCCUUAUUUCAUAUCAUAUAUUAAGGGACAGAGGCGGAGAACAUUUGCUUACAUCCUUUCUCAACAUAAACUCUGAAAACGGAGACAUUUUGGCGCUAAAAAGUUUCGACUUUGAAACUCUGAAAACGUUCCAGUUCCAAGUUGUUGCCUCAGAUUCUGGAACUCCGUCACUGAGCAGCAACGUCACAGUGAACGUGUUCAUUCUGGAUCAGAACGACAACGCUCCAGUCAUCCUGUAUCCAGUCAGCUCUAACGGUUCUGCUGAAGGUGUGGAGGAGAUUCCCCGCAAUGUGAACGCAGGACACUUGGUGACUAAAGUCAGAGCCUAUGACGCUGAUAUAGGAUAUAACGGCUGGUUACUCUUUUCACUGCAGCAAGUCACUGACCACAGUCUCUUUGGUUUGGACCGCUAUACAGGACAGAUCAGAACACUUCGCUCCUUCACAGAGACAGACGAGGCUGAGCACAAACUGCUCAUACUGGUCAAAGACAAUGGGAACGUGUCGCUCUCAGCAACAGCUACUGUGGUGGUCAAACUUGUGGAGCCCAAAGAGGCUUUUGCAGCUUCUGAUGUUAAAAGUUCAGCCAAAGAUGAGGAGGGGACCGACGUGACUUUUUAUCUUAUGAUAACUUUGGGCUCAGUUUCUGUACUUUUUCUCAUCAGUAUCAUCGUGCUGAUUGCAAUGCAGUGCUCUAAAACCACAGACUAUACUUCUAAAUAUCUGCAAGAGACUAAUUAUGAUGGGACACUGUGCCACAGCAUCCAGUACAGAUCUGGAGAGAAACGGUACAUGUUAGUUGGACCCAGAAUGAGUAUAGGAUCUACUAUAGUCCCGGGCAGCCACGCGAACACACUAGUGCUCCCUGACAGGAGGAGGGGAUCUGGAGAGUAUACCUGA